AUGGAUGAACUACGAGCGAAGAAUACAGAGUUGCUGGCUAAAUUGGAGGAGCUAAAGGCAAAAAUCGCAGAGCGGCCGAAGAUUGAACCGGGGACAAGUUCGGUGCGAAAUACGGAAGUGUCUGGGGAGGCAGGCAGACCAGGUCGUUUCGAGUUGGAAACUUUAGUUAGUGAUUUUCAUCCAGAUGUACCGACUUGUGAAUCUGCUGAAAGCUGGUUAGACAAUAUCGAAUCAACUGGCGAGGCCUACGGAUGGCACGAUAUUACUCGUUUAUAUUGUGCCAGGAUGCAUCUACAGGGAGCGGCAAGGCUCUGGUGGAAUGGUGUACAGUCUACGGUGAAAACGUGGGCGACUUUCAAAGCAAAGCUUCGAGAAGCGUUUCCAGAUUCGAACGAUCCCGUCUUAAUUCACGAACAGUUGAUGCGGAGAAAGAAGAAAUCUGGCGAAACGGUCGAGACCUACUUCUACGAUCAAGUGGCUCUAGGCAGAAAGGGCAAAUUUGACGAUAAAAUUAUCAUCAAAUAUAUUAUUGCUGGAAUUGAGGAUGUGCAUCGAGCAAAAGGGGUUACAAUAUCGAUGCCACGUAGUCUGCCUGAGCUGUUAGAACAAUUAAAGUGGUUAGACGGCUUGGGUGGUAUGCGGUCCAGCUCUAAUGAUGGCGGGAAACCGACGAAAAAUGAUAAAGUGUGCUAUCGUUGUUCCAAAUCGGGCCACAUUGCAGAUCAAUGUAUUGAGAAACCAAAGUCCAGAAAAUGUUUCCGAUGUGGAUCAGAUCGGCAUCUAGCGAAAGAGUGUGCGAUUGGAAGGAGUGGAGAAUCUUCUCGUCCAGUUAAAGUAAUUGCAGUAGAUGAUGAAUUCGAGAAGAUAGUAUCUGUCGACAAUAAGCAGAUGAUGGCACUCAUCGAUAGUGGAAGCCGAGUAACUACGAUGAAAUGUUCAUUUUCGCAGAAGUUCGGUAACCGACAACCAGUUGACCUAAUGCUCAAAGGAUUUGAGGGUCGACGAAUCAGAGUGACGGAGAAGGUAGUAGCUGUAUUGAAAGUGGAUGACAUAGAAGAAAAUGUGGAGUUUGUAGUUGUGCCGAACUUUGCUCAGGAUUUACCUGUAAUCGUUGGCAAAGAUGUAUUGAAACGAGAUUCGGUACUCCUAACGAAAAAAGACGGAAAAGUGUGGUUGGCGAAAGGAGAGCGUUGUGUAGAUGCAGUGAGAGAUCUACAAGCUGAGAAUAUAGUGCACGAUGUGUGUUCGAUUGUGGCCUACGAACCUAUAACGGAAGAAGAUUUGAACAUGGAUGAAGAGAAUAUGACCAAGAAAGAUUUGUUGAAAUGUGUAGUGAACAAUCGUGAUUGCUUUUCAAAAUCAUACCGUGAGCUAGGGAAGGCCAAGUGUGUUGAACUUGAUAUAGUCCUACAGGACAAUACGCCGGUGUACGAAAAGCCAUAUAAAAUGGAAUUCGCGCGAGAAGUAGUGCUGAAUAAAAUUGUGGAUGAUCUAUUGAGGCAGGAAUCAUCGAACCGACGACUUCACCCUAUAGUAGUCGUGCCUCGAUUGUGCCGAAAAGGAAGGCGAUUAUCGAAUGGUAAUAGAUUAUCGUUCCCUAAACCACAAAACAGUAAAGGAUAG